AUGCCCGCUGAGUGCUUGGUGACCAUGCCCUGCCAGCAUAAGUAUUGCAGCCGAUGUAUGAAGCAGAUGGUGCUCACAGUCAUCUCCGAGGAAGGAUUGUUUCCACCCCGAUGUUGCAAACUGGAUAUCCCAACAGAUAUUAUACUGCCUGUGUUGACGCCCAAGGAGAAGGCCUCCUAUAUCGAGAAAGCGCAGGAAUUUGCGACACCAGCUUCAGAACGUUGGUACUGCCCAGCGGCGGUGUGUGGGCGCUUCAUCCCGCCCCAGAACGUGCGGAGCACAUCCUCGUCACAGACGUGUCCUUAUUGCAGUACCAAGAUAUGUUCGAGGUGUCAUGACUUGGCCCAUAUAUCGAGACGGUGCUCUCCGGAUCCUGGUCUUGCCGCCGUCCUUGAAGAGGCCCGACUCAAACAAUGGCAACGAUGUUUUGGCUGCGGUUCCAUGGUAGAGCUCAUUUCUGGAUGCGAUCAUGUCACCUGUAGAUGCAAGGCACAGUUCUGUUACAAAUGUGGAGAUCCCUGGUCCGCUUGCGCCUGUGCUUCGACCGGACAGCGACCCGCCGAUUUCCUGGCUGUGCUGAUCGGACACGCGAAACUGAGCCGAGACCAGGAGGCGGAGUUGUCUGCUGUGGUCGCUGCAAUAUUGCGUAACGAAAGGCUUCGUGACGAGGAGGCGGCCAACGCCAAAGCGAUUAUCAAGGGAAGCAGCAGGGAGAGCAAGAGACUUUCCCGGUUGAGCAUAGACUUGCUUCGCCGGGACCUCAAUUUAUGA